AUGGCCACGCGAGGAGGCAAGAAGGGGAAGGGCAAGAAGGCCGCUGCCGAACCAGCACCGCGCGAGAUCCCCCAGGCGGUCAAAGACUUCCGGGAACUCGUCGCCCAGUACGUCGCGAGGUACAGCGACUCGCGUGCCGCUUUGCAGGCUUGCAAAGAGGAGACACCGGCGGAGCUGAGGGAGACGUGGAACGAGGUCGUCGACCUCGACAAGGAGCUGGAGGGGUUGGAGGAGGACGUGGAGAAGAUGGAGGACCUGCGGGAGGACCUGCUGCGGUGGGUGGAGGGGAAGGCGGAGGAGGACUACAUGGUCCCGAAGGAAGACGGCACGCCUAACCUCCGCGUCGUCAAGGCUUCCCCGUACGAGGAGCACGCGGAGACGGUGGUCUCCUUCGCCGUCAGCUUCAGCGGGCGACGAUACGCCGAGCACGUCCUCGCGGACGCGGCAGAGGAGGAGAAGAGGGGGAUGAGGCCCGUCUUCUCGGAGAAUGGCGCCCUGGCGCGGCCCUUGUGGCAGUACAGGGCGGGGGAGCAUCCCAGGGAUGCGAAGUGGCUGCAUCGCCCGCGAGCCUCGACCAACCGGCGGUAG